AUGGAUCUGUUGCGCACCUUCGCCAGCGAAUCGUCCAUCCACGGUCUGGCUCAUUUGGUGCGAAGCCAGCACUGGUUAGAGAAGGCCUUCUGGCUGGCAAUGCUUGCCUUCUCGGUUGUGUGCACGGUCAGCAUCUGCAAUAUGCACUGGGAACGAUUUCAAAACAAUGCGACCGUGCUAAACGUCGAGACGGAUUAUCUCAGCUGGGUGUUUCGUCCACCGGCCGCUACCGUGUGUUCCGCUCAUGUGAGUGAGGAAAAAUUGAGCCAACUGUUGCAACGAUACUGGCAGGUGGACGGUAAUCAUAGCGAUUAUGAACAUUUCCGACUGUUUCUUUUGACCGUGAAUGGGGCACGGUUUGACAAUUUGAUGACGUUUGAGCCAUUCAUUAAUGAUACCAGACUUGACUCCGUUUCGGUGAUUGAUUUGGCCCGCGAACUAAAGUCUCCAUUGACGCCACCGUGGAAAACGUUCGCACCCGUGCUGACGGAGGUCGGCGUUUGCUACUCCUCCACAAUGCUGUACGGCUUUCAAAGUCCCUACAGCGAACGAGCGCAAGACAAUUUUACUAAAGAAAACCCGGCAGAUUGUUACACACUGGACGUUUGCCGUACGAUGGUAGCGAUGAAUCAUAUGGACACAAAAAAUGAUGUGUACAUCCAUAUCGAGCAGGACGUCAUGACGGCGGACAGUUCCAUUCACUACAAGUUAGACCAGCACGACAUAAUCAGCUCGUCGCUCUCCGUCGAACAGGUGGUUGCCUCGAAAGCCCUCAAACAAUUAUCCCGCCGCAGACGCAAGUGUCGCUUACCGACCGAACGGCUCCACUACUUUAGCGUUUACACGAUUAAUUUGUGCCGAAUAAGCUGCCGCAUCGAGGCCGCACUGCACUUGUGUGAUUGUGUGCCGUUCUUUUAUAAUAUCGGAAAAACUUCUUGCACACCGGCCGGACUGUACUGCCUGGCGCAACAUUUCAGGGUGUGGUACACGACCAACUGCACCUGUCAGCCACUCUGCGAGUCCGUCUCCUUCAGGCAGGUGUCGGUGAAAAAAACGGUAUUGGAGCAGGCAAACAGUAAGCUGGAAACACAAAUUAUCUACCCUCGGAUGCGGAUGAAGCGUGACGUACUUUUCGACAUCAGCAACUUAAUCGUUUCCCUUGGCGGUGGAGCAGCACUUUUUCUCGGCUGUAGCUUCAUCAGCUUUGUGGAGGUAAUUUUCUUCGUGCUGGAGUAUGUGACGAAAAAGGUGUAUCGCUACUACCGCCGUGUGGAUGAACCGGUACAAUCGUAA